CCCCCUGCCUCCCAGCGACCCGCAGAUUUCCCACCGCGCGGCGACGCCGGGCGGCUCCUCCUCGUCUCCGCCCCGCCGGCCGCGGCCGCGGGGGGACGUCACUCUGCCAGCGUGGAAACCGCGGCUGGCCGCGGGAGGCGGAAGUAACGCUCGGGCCGCGGGGCCUCCUCUGGGCUCUGCCGGCCGCCUCAGCCAUGGACGCGUCCCUGGAGAAGAUAGCAGACCCUACAUUAGCUGAGAUGGGAAAAAACUUAAAGGAGGCCAUGAAGAUGCUAGAGGACAGUCAGAGAAGAACAGAGGAGGAAAAUGGAAAGAAGCUGGUAUCAGGAGAUAUUCCAGGGCCACUCCAAGGCAGUGGACAAGACAUGGUGAGCAUCCUCCAGUUAGUUCAGAAUCUGAUGCAUGGAGAUGAAGAUGAGGAGCCCCAGAGUACCCGAAUCCAGAAUAUUGGAGAACAAGGUCAUAUAGCUUUGCUGGGGCAUAGUCUGGGAGCUUAUAUUUCAACUCUGGACAAAGAGAAGCUUAGAAAACUUACGACCAGGAUACUUUCAGACACUACCUUAUGGCUAUGCAGAAUUUUCAGGUAUGAAAAUGGCUGCGCUUAUUUCCACGAAGAAGAAAGAGAAGGACUUGCAAAGAUCUGUAGGCUUGCUAUUCAUUCUCGUUAUGAAGACUUUGUAGUGGAUGGAUUCAAUGUGUUAUAUAACAAGAAACCUGUUAUAUAUCUUAGUGCUGCUGCUAGGCCUGGCCUGGGCCAGUACCUUUGUAAUCAGCUUGGGUUGCCCUUCCCAUGUUUGUGUCGUGUGCCGUGUAACACUAUGUUUGGAUCCCAGCAUCAGAUGGAUGUUGCUUUCCUGGAGAAACUGAUUAAAGAUGAUAUAGAACGAGGAAAACUGCCCCUUUUGCUUGUAGCAAAUGCUGGAACUGCAGCAGUAGGGCACACAGAUAAGAUUGGGCGUUUGAAAGAACUCUGUGAGCAGUAUGGCAUAUGGCUUCACGUGGAGGGUGUGAAUCUGGCAACCUUGGCUUUAGGUUAUGUCUCCUCAUCAGUGCUGGCUGCAACCAAAUGUGACAGCAUGACAUUGACUCCAGGUCCAUGGCUGGGUUUGCCAGCUGUCCCUGCAGUCACCCUUUAUAAACACGACGAUCCUGCCUUGACUUUAGUUGCCGGUCUUACAUCAAACAAGCCAGCAGACAAGCUCCGUGCCCUACCGCUGUGGUUGUCUUUACAGUACUUGGGGCUUGAUGGGAUUGUGGAGAGGAUUAAGCAUGCAUGCCAACUGAGUCAGCGGUUACAAGAAAGUUUGAAGAAAGUGAACCACAUCAAAAUCUUGGUGGAAGAUGAGCUCAGUUCUCCAGUAGUGGUGUUCAGGUUUUUCCAGGAAUUACCAGGCUCAGAUCCAGUGCUUAAAGCCAUCCCAGUGCCCAGUAUGGCACCGUCAGCAGUCGGCCGGGAGAGACACUCCUGUGAUGCCCUGAAUCGCUGGCUGGGAGAGCAGCUCAAACAGCUGGUGCCUACGAGCGGCCUCACUGUCAUGGAUCUGGAAGUGGAGGGUGUGUGCAUUCGCUUCAGCCCUUUGAUGACAGCAGCAGUUUUAGGCACCCGGGGAGAGGAUGUGGAUCAGCUUGUAGCCUGCAUCCAGAGCCAGCUGCCCAUCCUGACCUGUACGCUGCAGCUGCGGGAGGAGUUCAAGCAGGAGGUGACGGCUGCAGCAGGUCUCUUGCACGUCGAUGACCCUAACUGGCCCGGAAUAGGGGUCGUCAGGUAUGAACAUGCUAAUGAUGAUAAGAGCAGUUUGAAAUUAGAUCCAGAAGGGGAAAAAAUCCAUGCUGGACUCCUGAAAAAGUUAAAUGAGCUGGAAUCUGACCUUACAUUUAAAAUGGGCCCGGAGUAUAAAAGCAUGAAGAGCUGUAUUUACGUGGGCAUGGCAAGUGAUGAUGUGGAUAUUUCUGAGCUAGUGGAGACCAUUGCAGUCACGGCCCGAGAAAUUGAGGAGAACUCACGGCUCCUGGAAAACAUGACAGAGGUGGUUCGGAAAGGGAUUCAGGAAGCUCAGGUUCAACUGCAGAAGGCAAAUGAGGAGCGGCUUCUGGAAGAGGGGGUGUUGCGGCAGAUCCCCGUCGUGGGGUCCGUACUGAAUUGGUUUUCUCCAGUACAAGCUUCACAGAAGGGAAGGACUUUUAACUUAACAGCAGGCUCCCUAGAGUCCACGGAACACACCUAUGUCUACAAGGUGCAAGGCACGGGAGUCACCCCGCCUCAGACGCCCUCAGGCACUCGCACGAAGCAGAGACUUCCAGGCCAGAAGCCUUUUAAGAGAUCCCUAAGAGGCUCCGAUGCUCUAAGUGAGACCAGUUCGGUCAGCCACGUGGAAGACUUAGAGAAGAUGGAGCAUCUGUCCAGCGGGCCAGAGCAAGAUGCCCUGGAGACCACCAGCCCUGAGCCCCCUCCCGGGGCUCCCAGCCCGCAGGAAGCUGAGCCACUGGAAGCCCCCCAGAGCAGGGUGCAGCACCCAGAAGAUGACCGUCCACAGGUAGAAGAUGCAGAGAGCUUGAGAUAAAAUUCAGUGUUUUGCUUUGAGACCAUACCGAGUAUUGUUUCAGGGGAGAGGACAUUAGACUGAGAAUGUGAGCCGUGCCACACACGAAUGCAAGAGAGGUUCCUGGUGUUUGUGCUUACCUGGGACUUUUGCACAAAUACAUGCCUGAAGGCCAGGCUUUUUAGAAGGGCAACUGACUUGUCUCCUUCCGUGGGUAUGUAGAACAACUCCUACGUCUGUCUACCCAGCUGUAGUUCACACCGUUCCCCGCCCCCAGGUCACCAUAAACACUUGGGUUCACGAAGAACACCUGGAAUUUCAAGUGCCCGCCACUUGAAACACUUCCACUGACCUUUCUAAACAUCAGUGUAAGACCACAUACGAGGUUCCAUGUAACUUUUCAUUAAGACCGUUGUCUUUAGAACUCUCUGGGCUCUCCGCUGUUCUGCUGCCCAGGGGUGAGAGCAGUCUUUGCCCUCAGUUUUCAUGGUGUUCGGUCCGGUCAGGUUGCAGUGUACAGCGGGCUUGGAUUUGGCUUGAAGGAGAAAGGAUUCAAUGGGAUUGUGAAGGAGAGAGCCGGCGCCGCACCGGCCAGCCCCGCCGCUCUCUCCCGGGACGCGGAGUGAGGGCCCAUGAACCGGGCAGCGCUUCUGGCUGUGACGUCCCCUCGGCCACAAAUCCAUUUCUCCCUUUAUGUACUAUUUGUAAACAAACUAAAGGACUAUCUAUUGAGUAACUGUAAAACUCUUGACCAUAUAUAUGUAUAUUUUUAAAUAUUGGUAAAGCUUUUAAAUUGGCACACGGGUACAGAUUGUGCUCAUUUCUAUGUUUAAUAUCUGAAAAUCCGAUAGAGAUGCUACUCUUAGCCUAACAUUAACUAUGCUGUGUAGCACCCAGUUAAGUUUCGAUUCUAAGAUAAGUAUAUCUCCGACCCGUUUCACAUGGGAGCUUCUCACCCCUUUGGGCCCAACUCAGAAACCAGAACCAGAAAACUAAUCUCACUCAGGCUGCUCAAGCCAGACCACUGCAGAAAUAACUGGAAGUAAGCCCUUAAUUCUGCCCGUUUCUACUUCUCCAGCAGUACUGCAUCUCAUUUGUCCUAGGUAACGGCCCCUGUGCCUUUAGCCCAGCAAAGUCAAGCUACGGGACCCCUCAGGAUGGUGGGGAUUCACACUGGGUUUGUGGACUGUUGUGUUGGAAGCCUUAGUUACACCAUAUUAAGCCUAUAAUUAGACUCUGAUUGGAUGUGAUUUCUGACAUUUGGCAGUUGUCGAAAUGUAAUUUUUUUUUUGGGUGCAGAUGAUUCAAGUCUUCCCUGUUUAUUUGGUGCAAUGAAGUAUAGCAGAUAAAAUGGGGAAAGGGGAAAUUAUCACCUUUAACAAGAUUAAUUUUUAAAUGUUUUUAUAUAUAUUUGAAUUGUUAAAUUGGUUUUGCUGAAACAGACUUUCACCCUUAAAACACUAUUUGAAUGUUGGUUUCAAUAAAGGUUCUUGAAAUUGUUA